UCCAAGGUCUCGCUGGCUGCGCUCUCACUCGGACGCGGCUGGAUCUCGAACUCGCGACGCUCCUCGGCACCGGAAGCAUGGACGAGAUGGAGGACGAGCUCAAGUGCCCCGUGUGCGGCUCCUUCUACCGCGAGCCCAUCAUCCUGCCCUGCUCCCACAACAUCUGCUUGGCCUGCGCUCGGAACAUUCUGGUCCAAACCCCCGACUCGGAGUCCCCUCAGAGCUGCCGCGCGUCCGGCUCCGGGCUCUCCGACUACGACUACCUGGACCUGGACAAGAUGAGCGUGUACAGCGAGGCGGACAGCGGCUACGGCUCCUACGGAGGCUUCGCCGUCAGCGCCCCCACCACCCCGUGCCAGAAGUCCCCGAACGGGGUCCGGGUCUUCCCCCCGGCUCUGCCCCAGCCGGGCGUCCCGCGGAACUCCUGCAUCACCUGCCCGCAGUGCCACCGCAGCCUGAUCCUGGACGAGCGGGGGCUGCGCGGCUUCCCCAAGAACCGGGUCCUGGAGGGGGUGGUGGACCGGUACCAGCAGAGCAAGGCGGCCGCGCUCAAGUGCCAGCUGUGCGAGAAGAGUCCCAAAGAAGCCACGGUCAUGUGCGAGCAGUGCGACGUCUUCUACUGCGAGCCGUGCCGCCUCCGCUGCCACCCACCCCGCGGCCCACUCGCCAAGCAUCGCCUGGUUCCGCCGGCCCAGGGGCGGAUCAGCCGCCGCGCCAGUCCCCGCAAGAUCUCCACCUGCACGGAACACGAGCUGGAGAACCUGAGCAUGUACUGCGUGCAGUGCAAGAGCCCGGUCUGCUACCAGUGUCUGGAGGAGGGGCGCCACGGGACCCACGAGGUCAAGGCGCUGGGCGCCAUGUGGAAGCUGCACAAGGGUCAACUAUCCCAGGCUCUCAACGGUCUGUCAGACCGAGCCACCGAAGCCAAAGAGUUCCUGGUCCAGCUCCGCAACACGGUCCAGCACAUCCAGGAGAACGGCGUGGAGUUCGAGGCCUGCCUGGUGGCCCAGUGCGACGCCCUCAUCGAGGCUCUCAACCGCCGCAAAGUGCAGCUGCUCGCUCGUGUUAACAAGGAGCACGAGCACAAGUUGAAGGUGGUGCGGGACCAGAUCUCCCACUGCACCGUGAAGCUGCGCCAGACCACCGGCCUGAUGGAGUACUGCCUGGAGGUCAUCAAGGAGAACGACCCCAGCGGCUUCCUCCAGAUCUCUGACGCUCUGAUCCGGAGAGUUCACAUGACCGAGAGCCAAUGGGGCAAAGGCACGCUGACCCCGAGGAUGACCAGCGACUUCGACCUGACCCUGGACAGCGGGCCGCUCCUGCAGACCAUCCACCAGCUGGACUUUGUUCAGAUGAAAGUGCCAGCGCCCCCCAUGCUCCAGCUGGAAGAGUGCUGUACUCAGAACAAUAGUGCCACGUUGUCAUGGAAACAGCCGCCACUCUCCACCAUCGCCGUGGAAGGCUACAUUCUGGAGCUGGACGACGGGAGCGGGGGUCCGUUCAGGGAAGUGUACGUGGGCACGGAGACCAUCUGCACGGUGGACGGGCUGCACUACCACAGCACCUACCGGUCCCGGGUCAAGGCCUUCAACGGCAGCGGAGUGGGCCAGUACAGCAAGACGCUGCUCAUGCAGACCUCCGAGGCUGGACUCCCGCCAUGUGACAUGCAGUCUCUCGGCGCAGUGGCCUGGUUCACCUUCGACCCCGCCUCGGCGCACCCUGACAUCAUCUUCUCCAACGACAACAUGACGGUGAGCUGCAGCAGCUACGACGACCGCGUGGUGCUGGGCAGCGCCGCCUUCUCCCGGGGCCUGCACUACUGGGAGAUGACUCUGGACCGCUACGACAACCACCCGGACCCGGCCUUUGGCGUCGCCCGGGCCGAGGUUCUGAGGGACGUGAUGCUGGGCAAGGACGACAAGGCCUGGGCCAUGUACGUGGACAACAACCGCUCCUGGUUCAUGCACAACAACUCGCACACCAACAGGACGGACGGAGGCAUCAGCCAAGGGGCCACCAUCGGGGUCCUGCUGGACUUCACACGAGGAAUCCUCAUCUUCCUGGUCAACGACGAGCAGCAGGGGCCAGUGGCCUUUGAGAACCUGGACGGGGUCUAUUAUCCCGCCCUCAGCCUCAACCGGAACGUGCAGGUCACCCUGCACACUGGGCUGCCCAUCCCCGACUUCUACACGCCCGGGGAGGCCGACCCCUCUGGAUCCAUGUGCUAGAGACUCGCCACCGCUUCCAUCAUGGGAGACGUGAGCCUGUGGCCCGCGAGCCAGAAGCUGGAUCACAC